AUGCUGUAUACACGUGCCGCACAGCGAGACACGGACGUGAAUGACGACUUGGCGCAGGUACAGCUUCGGCUCCAGCGCCUCAAGUCUGCGAUCUCGUCGCAGUCCAAAGCGAAUUUCCUAUAUGAGCGCGAUGUGCGCUACUUGGAUGGCCGUAUCGGUCUCCUGAUUGCCGACCGUAUCGCAGCGGACGAGCGAUCGGACAUGAUGAACAAGCUGGAAGAACAAGAAGACCCCGUGCACGGUACGAUGGACGAUGCGCGCAAACAGCGCUACUCGAACCUGUUCUACCUGCUGCAGUCGGAGCCGCGGCAUAUUGCGACGCUGUGCCGCCUCGUGUCUCUCUCUGACAUGGAUACACUGCUCCAAACCGUCAUGUUCUCGCUGUACGGCAACCAGUACGACGAGCGCGAAGAACACUUGCUUCUGACCAUGUUCCAAUCCGUGCUUUGGUCUCAGUUUGAGUCGUCGACUGACUUUGGAUCGCUCCUGCGUGCCAACACGCCCGUGUCGCGUAUGAUGACGACGUACACGAGACGAGGACCUGGCCAGGUCUACCUGAAACAGGUGCUUGCGCCGCACAUUAAUCAAAUCCUCGCCCAAUCUGCACUACACCUGGAAAUUAAUGCAACCAAGGUAUACGAAGAGCUGCUCGAGCAGAAUCUUGUCCCGUCGCAUGUCCCGUACGAUCAAGUCGCCUUGCUAGCGCUUGUACAGACGACGGUCCAGGAACGGUGCGCGAAGCUUGUGCAGCUAGCCACGCCGCUACUCCAAUCCGUCGUCAACUCACUGGACAACGUCCCAUACGGGAUCCGGUGGAUAUGCAAGCAGAUCCGCAGCUUGACGAAGCGCAAGUUUUCGCAGGAGUCCGAAUUUAGCAUGUGCACGCUUAUCGGCGCCUUUUUUUUUCUGCGGUUCCUCAACCCCGCAAUUGUGGCGCCGCAAGCGUACAUGCUGGUAGACGAUACUCCGUCGCCACAAGCGCGUCGAGCGCUCACCCUGGUGGCCAAGAUGUUGCAGACGCUGGUAAACAAUCCGUCCUUCAACAAAGACCCUGCGAUGCAAUGCGUCGCGCCUUUUUUUGUAGAAAACCGCCCGACGAUGCAGCGCUUCUUGCUCGAUCUCGGCAACGUCUGGGACUUUUACGAGACGCUCGAGCUGGAUCAAUACAUUGCGCUCAGCAAGAAGGACAUGAAGAUCACCAUCUCGCUCAACGAGAUCUACCAAAUGCAUGCGAUGGUUGCUACUUAUCUCGAUACGCUGGCGCCAACAAACGACCUUAAUUUGCGGGUGCUCAUGCACGAGCUGGGGAAUGCGCCGAGCCCCGUGCCAGCGAAGCAGAACUACACCUUUGAGCUUCCCCUCUUUAGCCGCUGGGAGACCCAGAUCCAUGGUUUGACGACCACCCUCAUGUCGGAAAACAACAUGUCGCAGAGCGAUAUCUUGUACAUGGAGACCAAGUCCAUCCUCGUCAAGCUCAUUCGCUCGAUGCCCCAUGUUGCAGCGACGCGGCCCAUUGUGCUUGCCGACGUAUUGGCAAAUGCGAAACGGUCUGACGAUAGUGUCCUGCGCGAAAAGGGAGAGCGUGCGGCCGGGAUGCUCGAGGAGCUCGAGGAGCUGCACGUUGUGGAUCGCGGCACGCAGGAAAUGUGUUUGGUCGACGAGAUCAUUGCGGAGCUCGAGUUCCUGGGCAACUCGCGCAGCGAACUCGAGGUCGAGGUCGACAGUCUGCAGUCGGUGCUCACAGCCAUUAACGAGCAUAAUGUAUACCUCAAGAGCCAACUGGAUACGUAUAAGAGCUACUUGUGCAAUAUCCGCGUCGCUGCGGGUACCUCCAAAGAAGGCCGCACGCCCACUGGCUUGGGUCUCGUCUCUGUCGGCGGCAAGGAAGUCAAGUCGCCCCGGCCCCAGGGAAACAAGCAGACACACCGCUUCACCUACCAACAGCUGGAUCGAGCGAAGCUUAUCCGUGAAUGCCGUCUUCCCGCAGACCGCCGCGACCAGACCUUCUUUUCCAUUCAAUCGCCCAUGCCCGGCACAUUUCUCAUCUCCAUGUACUACAAAAGCCGCGACGAGCCCGUGUUGGAGAUGGAUCUAAAGCUCGACGACAUGCUCGAGCAGCAGCACCGAGGCGUGCAGUACUUGGACUUGGACCAAGUCCAGCUGCACCUCGAAGGUCUACAUAGUCUGUUGAACCGUCUCUAUACGCGGCCAUCGCGCAAAUGGUAG